AUGGCGGACGAUGGCAUGCUCCUCAACUUCGACCUUGGCGAAGCUGCGCUGAAGCCGCAGGUCAAAUACACCGGCGGCCGGUGGAGGGAUCGAUCGCAUGCCCAGCGAACUGCAAAGGGCAAGCCGAGCCUCAAGUCGUGGGACGGCGCAAAUGGCACACCUGUGGACAAGGCCCGCCCGCUCGGGAGAGGCGACGGCGAUGACGGCAAUGAUAUCGACGGCGAUCGGCCGGUGAAGCGACUGAGGACGUCGGGCGAAACACAGGGUCGGACUCACAAGGGCGGAUCGGAUCGUACAGAUGCCAAGUCGCUGUCGUAUAUGACGGGCAAGCUGCCGCCAGGGAGCAUCAGCUCGGGGUCGAGACAAGGCAACCACCAGAUGACCAAGUCCGGCCCAGUCACAUCGAGGCUCUUCACAUCCAACCCGGCGCAGAAGACGGUCUUUGACGAACCAACCGAGGACCAGGAGCCGACGAAACCUUCCAAUGCCCCCCUGUCGGAAGAGGCUGAAAACUUCCACGCCUUGGGCCUAUCGAGGCGCAUUGCUCUGCACCUUUCGAGCAAACUUGAGAUGAAGGCUCCGACUUCCAUUCAAAAAAACACGAUCCCGCCGCUCACCAAGGACGACAGCGACGCUUUUCUCCAGGCCGAGACCGGUUCCGGUAAGACGCUAGCUUACCUGCUCCCGAUCGUACAGCGUAUCAUGGCGCUCAGUCACGACCAGGACGGUACCAGUACUGGCACCAAGAUACACAGGAACUCUGGACUUUUUGCCAUCAUUUUGGCGCCGACGAGAGAAUUGUGUAAACAGAUCGCCACCGUCCUGGAGAAGCUGCUUCGCUGCGCCCCCUGGAUUGUUAGCACCACUGUGAUUGGAGGCGAAAGCAAGAAGUCGGAAAAAGCUCGCAUCAGGAAAGGCGUCAACAUCCUGAUCGCAACGCCCGGCCGGUUAACGGAUCAUCUCGAUCACACAAAGGUGCUCGACGUUGGUACCGUCCGGUGGCUUGUGCUGGAUGAAGGCGAUCGGCUCAUGGAGAUGGGCUUCGAAGAGGAGCUGAAGAGUAUCGUCGGACAAAUUCGCAAAGAGGACCUAAAGAAGCAGAACGCUGAGGGUGUCAGACUCGAUGCUUUACCUCAAAGGCGCGUCACCGUUCUUUGCUCCGCCACUAUGAAGAUGAAUGUCCAGAAGCUGGGCGAGAUCUCGCUCCAGGACGCCGUCCAUAUCACCGCCUCAAAAUCUGACGACGACGCCGAUGCCGAAGUGAACGAGUCCGUGUUCUCAGCCCCGGCUCAGCUCAAGCAGUCCUAUGUUAUAGCGGCUGCCAAACCCAGACUUGUCACCCUGAUAGCGUUGCUCAAGUCUACCUUUGCACGAAAAGGUUCCGUUAUGAAGGCCAUUAUCUUCAUCUCGUGUGCCGACUCCGUCAACUUCCAUUUCGAGCUUCUCCGAUCCUUAGCAGCCUCUGCGGCAUCUGAGGAUACGUCGAAAACUGCCAACACUGUUGCUGACGCUGCGUACAUAACCUCGCCGGCGAACCCGAAGAUAUCACUGUUCAAGCUUCAUGGAUCACUGGCGCAACCCGUGCGCACAGCUACGCUCACGGCUUUCAAGGAGGAGAAGGAACCGUCCGUGCUUAUCACUACGGAUAUAUCGUCUCGUGGUCUGGAUGUGCCAGCCGUGGAGCUGGUCAUUGAGUAUGACCCGGCCUUCAGUGUCGCCGAUCAUCUUCACCGAAUGGGACGUACAGCGCGUGCAGGGCGUGCCGGAAAGGCGGUGCUUUUCCUCCAGCCAGGAAGUGAGGAAGGCUACAUUAAGCACUUGCAAGCUCCUAACCUAUCCGGCCAGUCCUCGGAUACAGUUAUUGAAAAGGGCUUCAUCACGCCGAUCUCACUGCCAAGAGCCUCGGCGUCCGAUGCUGAGAGUCCUGUCCUUGAGAGCGAGAAGUCUCCCUUCAAACGUGCCGAGGCUCUACAGCUGCACCUAGAGCAGCGGCUGCUUGAGUCUGAGAAGACUGGGAGCAAGCUGCUCGACUCGGCACGCCAAGCUUUCCGCUCUCAUAUAAGAGCAUACGCAACCCACGUCAAGGACGAGCGGGUUUUCUUUGACAUUACUCAAUUACAUUUGGGACACACAGCCAAGAGUUUCGGCCUCCGUGAGGCACCCGGAGGCAUUGGAGGCGGUCCAUCAAGGCGGGUGAUCAAGGGCGGACAGCAGAAGUCUGGAACUGCGCAGAAGCGGAAAGCUGCAGCCCAUGAUAGCGAUGAUGAUAUACCAAAGAAUAGGGGCACCGACAAGGGCGACGGAAUGGGAGUUACAGACGAAGAGGCUGCAAAGCGUAUGCGUAUGAAGAUGAAGGCAGUCAUGAGUGCAGCAAGCGAGUUUAAUAUCGGGUAG